UAAAUAGGAAGUCAGUUUUUCUUUCAUAAACUGUCAAUUUUCACGCCUUGAAAUGGAAAUAAAACAAGGCUAGUUGACGUUGAAGUUCCAAAAGACAUCUUCGCACUAGCGGAAGAUGCCAGUGUUUUUUAACGCCGAUGAUUCAUUUCAAUUAUAUUCCUGAGGGAGGUUUUUCGCGCCACGUGUCGCUAGAUUUGCAUGAAAUUGCAAGCGCGCUGGAGGAGGCGGGGCCUUGGAGUGCAGUGCUGUUUCUUGAUUGGCUCAGCUGGCAACGGGUGAGCUGGACUGCUCGCUCCUGAUUGGUUGUCAUGUGCAACAUACCACUUGGCUUUCUAAACUAAAAUACAGAAUGAAAGCAAGGAAAUGAAGUGACAGGAUGCUGAGCCUGUCUCAAGAGUUUGUAAUACUGCUGAGUGCUGAACUUAUUAACAUUGUGUGUUUUCCCUCCCCACCCUUUCUAUUUCACUGAUGUUAGCAUUCACCUGCUUUUAAAUAGGCUCAACCCAAUCUCGGCGCAAUAGACAGGAGAGGUGGUCUUCAAAGGAAGCCAGAAAAGAUUUAAAUUUUAUGUAAUACGGUUCGUUACCUGCUGUACAGCUCACGUGAUCGACCUUCGGAGUUUCUGUGGUGACUUUCUUGUAGAAGUGAAACUUCAUGCAACAAGGAACUGGCAUUGCAGAAAAAAAACUGACUGUGGUAGGUCUGCUGUAUCCCUGCAUUGACAGCCACCUUGGAGAGCCUCACAAAUUCAAAAGAGAGUGGGCAAGUGUCAUGAGAUGUGUAGCAGUUUUCGUUGGCAUCAACCACGCAAGUGCUAAAUUGGACUUUGACAAUAACAUGCAAUUGUCUUUGACCCUGGCAGCCCUCUCAUUGGGUCUCUGGUGGACAUUUGAUCGCUCUCGAAGUGGAUUUGGACUUGGCCUUACAAUAGCCUUUGUAGCAACCUUGGUCACUCAACUAUUGGUGUACAAUGGCGUUUACCAGUACACCUCACCAGAUUUCCUGUACAUUCGCUCUUGGCUGCCAUGUAUAUUCUUCUCUGGAGGAGUGACUGUCGGAAAUAUCGGAAGACAGCUGGCCAUGGGAGUUUCUGAAAUUGCACACAAGGAUUGCCUCGAGAAGAUGCACAAGGAUUGAGUGUUAGCCAUGAGGAAUGAUAAUGGUGCCAAUGUAGAUACUUCGUGUGGGAGUGCACAUAUAUACACCGGGGAGACGAGUAGGUGCUAUGUAUGAUGGAGGAUGUGAUUACUGCAUGAUAUUCAUAAAAGGGAAAAUUUUGCAAUCUGUGAUUGCCUUUGUACAAUUAAUUUGUUUCUCAACAUUGAAGAUAUUUCUGUUGCAAUCUGUACAUACCAGGUCUACAGAGUGUAAUCGUUUAGUCUGUGUAUGAACUGCAAGGCCAUUAAUCUGUCGCUACAGCAGACCUAAGUAGCAAGUAUUAGAUCUGCUGGAUGAAAGUGCAAUGUUCACAGUACCUGAGUCUCAUUGUAUAACUGCACCCUAUUUAUUUUCCUAUCUCCAGUUCAUUUGUACAAUAUACAGUGUGUGCGUGUCAAGGAAGGGCUUGGGGGGUGUGGUGUCCAUCUCUUUGGCGUGGUGAUAGAAUUGGAAAUAAAGAGAUGUUCUGUCUUUGUUUUCCCCCUCCAGCUUGUUAAUCAGUCCCUGCGAGUGAUAAGUGUUCAUCAGAGUUUAGCUGCUGUGUCACAGUGUGUAUUUGUACAGUAAAGAUAUAUAAUCCUAAGGGAUGUACACAGUGCUGAACAAAAGGAAGAGAACUCUGUUUCCCUCAAGCUCGAAGUCUCCACUUGAACAUAUGUUGAGACAGUCGCACAGUGAAGCAGCGCUUUACCACUUGACCAAUGCAGUGCAAUAAAGCAGUGACAGAAUACUUCCAUGCUUUGGGCUUCGUCAGCCUGGAGCUGUCAUUGCUGCGAGAGUGAAGUGAUUUUAUUUUGUUUGGUUUUUGCAGUGUUAGUGUUUCCAAUCUGAUCCAAUAUGUGCAUUUUCUCACCUGUCGAUAAGAUGAAUCAUCAGAUUUUUGUGACUGAAAUGUAUUCAUUUGGUUUAAAUGUGUUUUUUUUUCUUCUUUCACGGUUCCCAAUAAAAAUGUACAGCAAUUGUCAAA